AUGAUCUUCUUAGACAGUCAGGCCGCGAUAAAAGUGAUAGACAGUACACAAAUCCUGGGACAGCAGAUUAUCAGCAAAGUUGUUAAGAAAUGGGAUGAACUCUGGAGACUAAAUGUAUCGGUUACAGUACACUGGGCCCUGCUCAUCAGGGGAAUUAAAGGUAAUGACCUCGCAGAUAAGGCAGCAAAAGAGGCCACAGGAUGGAGCCUUAAAUCCUUAGUA